GAGGCCGCUCUCAUCGGGCCGCAGCCCCAUCCUCGCUCCCGGAAAGCGUCUUCAGCGCGUCGCGGCUCUCCUCUUCUCGGCCGAGGCGUUCUCCACGGCGGCCGCAGUCGCGUCCGACGAGUCCUAUCGCGCAGGUAACGCUGAAUACGCGGCAGCGCGCCGAGACCCGCAGCGGAAUCCGGAGAGAAGAAGAGAGCCGUCCGAAGCCAGCCGGGGCCCCGAGAUGGAGUUCACCAGGCGAUGUCUCGCUUUGAUCUCGGUGGGAGUACUAUGGAGUUGCGCGCUGGGUCUCCAGCGGCCACCGCCGAGGUACUCCCAGCAAUACAUGCCGGAGACCUCGUUCAACUGUCGCAACAAGAUCGUCGGCAGCUACUACGCGGAUCCUGAGACCGACUGCCAAGUGUUCCACGUGUGCGUCUCCGUGGCCGGCUCUAUCCAGGAUUACAAAUUCCUGUGUCCCAACGACACCGCCUUCGACCAGGAGAGCCAGACCUGCGCGGACUGGUACGACGUGGACUGCGAGGCCGCGACGCUCUACUACGCCAGCGACAACUUCGACCUGUACAGAAUCGGCUCGGGCCUGGAGUCCGUGCACUACGACAACCUGCGCAGCGACGCCGAGCCGCAGGAUCAUCUGCAGCGCAGCGAGACCAGCGACGCGCUGCGCUCCUCGGCGAACGCGGUCAACCGGGUGUCCUCGUCGAGCUACAGCGGCAACGGCAACCGCGACUUACUGCGCGGCAGCAGCAGCAGUAACUUCUACAACAGAAACGGCAAGGAGGACGACUACGAGAGCGACAAGUCGUACAAGGAGGAGCCCGUUCAAGAUUCGAAGAAGAAGGGCGGCGUCAGGAAGGUCAGCAGGAAGCAACCGUACAACGCCAAUGGCAGCUAUUCGCCGUCGACCAGCAGCACGUCGGCGCCGCUCGCGCCCGCCCAGAAUAACUACAACGGCAACUACUACAAUGGCAACGGGUACAACCAGCAACAGCAGCAGCGUCAACCCACGACGACGUACGUCUCGUCGUCGAGCACCGUGAGACCUCAGCAGGAGACCUACAGCAGGAGCCAGAACACGCAGAGGUACAACGCGCCGUCGUCGUCCACGUAUCGGCCCAGCACGACUUACCAGGACGCCACGUACAACAACUAUCAGUCAGUCAGCACCACCAGUCGCACCACCGCCUACAACGUCUUCAACAACAACGCCAACUACAAUCAGAACCAGAACUUCGCCCAGGUCACAACUGUGAGACCCAGCAGCUACAGCCCGAAGACCAGCUACCAGACCUACGGUCAGUUCUCGCAGUCCACUACUGUCCAGCCGAGCACCAACUAUCAGAGCAGCGAUUACACCAACUACCAGCAGAGGAGCUACAGCAACAUCCAACGCAGUGGCAGCGGCGGUAACGUCGCUUACCAGUCCACCACGGCAGCCCCCACCGUCUACGAGAGUUACAACAACAACAACAACAACAACAACAAUCAGUACAGACCAGUCACGUCUGCCAGCAGGCAAGACCUCGGUCAGACCACCGUCAAGUAUCUGGCGAGCAACAGCUACGCGCCCACCACGUAUAGCCCGGCGACAAAGAAGUACGCGAGCGGCGACAGCGCGGUCGCGCAGACCGCCCUGAGGAACAACGACAAUCAGUACUACGAGAAGACGAGCCAGCCGGCCAAGCCGUCGACGCAGUACUACGACAGCACGAAGACGCCCAAGAAGGCGACCCAAUAUAACAAUUACGAUGGCGCGAGCGGCGGCAAGUCCUACUACGUCGAGACCAGCACCGGCGGCUUCGAGCUCGCGAGGUCCUCCGUCGGGAUCGGCUUCAGCCCUGCGAGCAUCAACCACUUGGCCGAGUCGCCGAGGACGACCACGCCGGUGCCGAGCUCCGGCGCCCAGAGGGCCGGCCAGCCGACGACGACGCCACGGGGAGUCACCUACGUGAGCGGGUCCGCCAGGCCGUUCACGUCGACGACCAGGUUACCCAGCAGCGGCGGCGGCAGCAGCACGACGGCGCGACCGAAGUCGAGCAAGAAGAACGACUACGAUUACGCGUACUACGAUAACGCCGGCGGUUUGGAGUACGACGGAGUCGACCUCGAGCACGUCACCAGCAACAAGGAGUCCACGAAGAUCGCGAGGAAUUAGAGAGAGAUUGUUGUAAUAAUAAAAGAAUAACAUAUAUAUAUAUAUAUAUAUAUAUACAUAUAGCGCGCCGCGCGAAUUCCUUGGAGCUCGUCCUGAAUCGCUGAUGUACAAAUCUUAUUUUUCGUAACUCUCUCUCUCUCUCUCUCUCGCUCUUUCUCUCUCUCUCUCUCUCUCUCUCUCUUUCUUUCUUUCUCUUUUUUAUUCUUUCUUCAACGUCACCGGUCGCCUCGAACACCCGAGACGAGACGUUUCCAAGGGAUUCCGACGGGCUCGUAAAUUAUACCACUUAUCAGUAGCCAGUCGCUGUCAAAAUCGGUCUUCGAUUGAGAACGAAGC